CCCCCUUCUGUGUGUAACCAGAUAUAAGCAGGGCAGCAUGUGUUGAAGGACACACACGGCCAGCAGACCACCAUUGCUCUAAAGCGUCAAAAAGAGGGAACUUCCACCAUAGAAGAUUCCAGAAUAAAAGAAGAUUUGCAACGAGCAACGAUGGACCAAGCUAGGUCAACAAUAUCCAAAAUCUUCAAUGGGGAACCACACUCGUACACACGUUUCAAUCUGACCCAGAACAUGGAAGGUGACAACAGCCAGGUGGAGAUGAAGCUGUCGUCCGAUGCGGAUGAAGAAGUCGGAGGGAACGGCGUGGGAGCCCAUCUCAGUCACAACGGCAAUCCCAAAUCCUACACAAAUUCAAAGUUUGGACGCACACCCAAGAACCUUUGCUUUAUGUUAGCCACCAUUCUCCUCAUCUUGUUUAUUGGGUACUUGAUUGGCUAUCUGGUCCACGGGACGAAAGAUUUGCCCCAGAGUUGUGCGGCGGCGUCUGUGCAGUUUCCUGAUGCCCCCGUCGUGCACGAGACUGGAGCUGCCCCCAUCAUGAACUGGGAUACUCUGAAGAAUGCGCUUGCUCAGAAACUGAGUGCCUCGAACUUCAAAAGUGCCUUUAGUGAUUUUUCCCAUUCGAACCACCGGGCUGGUUCUGCAGGCGAUGCAACUUUGGGAGAGAAGGUGGUCAGGAGGUUUACAGAGUACGGCAUAAAAACCUGGACCGAUGAGCACUUUGUGAAAGUGCAGGAUCCUCCACUUUCUGGCUCCAACAAGAUCAUUUUCAAGAAUGGCAUUGAGGAACGUCAAAAUGGCUUUCUCUCCUACAGUGCCAAUGGAAGAGUGCAGGGAGCUGUGCUGUACGCCCACUAUGGACAGGAAAGUGACUUCAGAUUGUUGCGAGACAGAAACAUCAACAUGAGUGGGAGAGUUAUGUUGAUCAGAGCUGGACUGAUCAGCUUUGCAGAAAAAGUAGCCAAUGCUGCCAAAAUGAAGGCCUCUGCUGUGUUGAUCUACCAAGACGCCACUGAUUACCCACCUGCAGGGACCACUCAACUCUUCGGUCAUGUCCAUUUGGGUUCAGGAGAUCCCUACACCCCUGGCUUUCCCUCCUUCAACCACACCCAGUUUCCACCUGCCCAGUCUUCAGGUCUGCCAAGUAUCUUGGCUCAAACUAUCACCACUCGCACAGCCACCAACAUUCUUCGACAACUGGAGGGUCAAAAUGUGCCGGAAGAGUGGGGUGGUUUUAACAAACUCGGUAGUGAGACUGACGUCAUCACUGUGGAGGUCAACAACUUUCUCACUGAGAAAAAGAUCUACAAUGUCUUUGGCGUCAUCGAGGGUUUUGUUGAUGCAGAUCGUUAUGUGGUCAUUGGUGCCCACAGGGAUGCCUGGGGUCCUGGUUUUGCUGCGUCAACUGUCGGAACCGGCGUUCUGGUUGAACUGGCUCGUUCCAUCUCAGAAAUAGUAAAGAAGGACGGAUUCAAGCCAAGGAGGAGCAUUGUGUUUGCGAGCUGGAGUGCUGGAGAAUAUGGGAGCGUUGGCGCCACCGAGUGGCUGGAGGGCUAUCUGUCUUCUCUCAGCAUGAAGGCCUUCUCUUACAUCAACCUUGAUGGCAUUGUAACAGGUCACAGUGGCUUUAAAGUAUCGGCAAGUCCUUUGAUGUACACUUUGAUUGAACACACUCUCAAAGAGGUGAGCCUUCAGAAUAAGGCCGUGCCCCUUCUUUCUCAAUUUGGAAAGAACAACUGGCAAACUAAUGUGCUGGAACCCAUGCAGAUGGAUAGCGCUGCAUAUCCCUUCAUUGCCUUCUCUGGCAUUCCAUCUGUGUCGUUUAGGUUCACAUCAGGUCAUUUAGACUAUCCAUACUUUGGCACGUUACUGGACACCCAAGAAAAGCUGAUUGCCACCACGUCCAACCAACAUCUACAGCUGGCUGAAGCAGCUGCCAAGUUUGCGGGCCACAUGGCACUGAGGCUGGUCCAUGACCACCUGCUGCCCAUGGACCUGUUAAAGUACGAGAAGGUUAUUCGCUCUCAAGUCAUUCAGAUCAACGGGAAAGUGGAUACUGUUAGGAGGAUGCAGCCAAAUCUCAUCCCCAUGUCCAUGCAGUGGUUGUUCUCGGCCGCCGGCGCCUACAGCCGAGCUGCCCGUAACCUGAUGACCGAUAUUCAAAACAGCGACCUGGGGGACGUGGAGAUGUGCCGCAUCUACAACGACCGCAUCAUGUCGGUGGAGAGGAACUUCCUGUCGGCGUACGUGUCUGCCAAAGAAAGUCCUUUCCGCCACAUUCUGCUGGGCUCUGGUCCGCACACACUCAAAGGGCUGUCCAGUCACCUGGACACCCUAAGGACUGACCGCCCGCAGGAGACCACAGAUGAGUUCCGUAACCAGUUUGCCUUAGCAACCUGGACAAUCCAGGGCUGUGCCAAGGCACUGGCAGGGGACAUUUGGCCGUAUGAUGACGACAUGUAAAAAAAAAACUGCGGAAAUAAAUAUAUGAAGUAUACUAAUACUCAGUCCCUUCAGGAAUUUGCGAUGUUGCGAUGGCGCCAAUUCACGCCAAUUCAGCAACUUUUUCCAACGUCCACGCGUAUGCUAGCCAAUCAACGUCAUCUUGGCCGAUCAAAUUUGUCAACCGUCUAAUCAAAACGUGCCAUUUUGUUUCUUGUGCAGAGCGAGCAGAAACUAACAAGGUGUAAAAAGUCUUUUUUGAUCACUCCACACAAAUGUAAUCAGACCUACUUUUAUAAUCUCUCAACGUCUCUCAUUUUAACAACAAAAACUAUAGAUCACUCUUAAAAAGUUCACAAAGGCUUUUUGAAACGUGCGUCGGAACAUAAAUGAACGUUAAGACGGAUAAACACUUUUGAAGCAUAAAACAUACACGGAUAAUGUCUUCCUGUAUUUAUUAUGAAUUAUUUAUAUUACUAAUAAUGAUUAUUUCAAACAGUACAGUCAUUUCUCAUUGAGCUCUUAGUAGGGAUGAUGUUUGAUAAGAAAUUAUCGAGUUCGAGCCCAUUAUCAAUCAAUCAAUCAAUGUUUAUUUAUAUAGCCCUAAAUCACAAGUGUCUCAAAGGGCUGCACAAGCCACAAUUUAAUCCUCUUAUCGAACCGAUUCCUUAUCGAUUCUCUUAUCGAUUCUCUUAUCGAAUCCAGAUAGGUUGUUGUAUAUGGAAAAAAACACAAUAUUUGGUUUAACAAAAGCUCACUUUUAUUUUAUGAGAAAAAAAUACAAUAAAUAAAUAAAUAUUGACUGUUACCCCCCCUAAAAAAAUAAAAUAAAUAAAUAUUGACUGUUGUUACCCAAAGUAUAUUAAGUGGGAUUUUUCAGAAAAACAAAUAUAUACAGUAACAUAAAAACAACCUGUCUCUGGUGAUCACUAUAGGUGUAUAAAUAAUAAGAUAGUGUUAAAUAAAAUCAGUCCCUUGGGCACAAAACUGAAAAUAAUACAGCUCUCCAAAAAGUGCACUUCUGCUGCUAUUGGAACAUACCAACUACACACACUAUGACACUAAGAACGCCACAGUCAUCAAUCAACAAUUCUUCUUCCAAAAAAUUAGCAUGUCGGCUUUUUAGCUCAGUCAUUAGACUGAGCUACGUCAUUUCCUGUGAUGUCCCAAAGGGCAUUUCCUGUGAGACGGGAUUCGUUCCCAGGGAUUCCAAUAAAAAAACAACUCUUUUUCUUUACUAUAGUGGCCUCGAUAACGGGAACCGGUUCUCAAAAAGGGAUUUGAGUCCAUGGAUUCGGUUCUUUUCUUAUCGAACAACCGGGGGAACCGGUUUCGAACAUCAUCCCUAGCUCUGAGUGUACUUUUACUGCCAUCUAGUGUCUACUUUUAGGUCUGCGUGGUAUAAAACAAGUAAAACGGGUUCUUAACCAUUUUGACUUUGGGGCCUAUCUUUUCCACUACAUAGGGGCCCGGGGCCCACUCAAAUGUUAUCACCGAAAAUUGAUUUUUAUAGGAUAGGAUAGGACUUUAUUGUCAUUGCACAAGUACAACGAAUAUUAUCAUAUUCAAUAAUUAUAUCUAACUUGCCUACAAACUUGUCAAAAGAUAUAAAACCUAAGAUAAUUAUUUAUUUAACACAUAAACAUUAGGCUUAGGUCAAGCGGACUAGAAAAAUAAGUACUAAUAAAAAAAAAAUGUUAUAAGAAAGGACUCGUAAAUAUAACUAAGAAACAAUACAAUUAUGUUAUGCUAAAAUAAACUAAAUAAUCAAUAAAUAUGUUGAACUAAACUGUCAAUAGAAUUAAAGUGCAAAUGAAAGUACAGCUUCACCACUUUAAUCAUAAUUUUUGUGCUUAAAAUCCUCUUAAGGCCCAAGCUGUUUUUUUUUUACAUGCUUUUUUUAUUUCUCUUUGCUAUUUGGGCUUAUUGGACCCUAAUUAGAAUAAAAACUAAGGAUCAUCUUUUGAUAUAAUGUACUUAGUCCAUAAGUACACAAACGUGUACUUCAUGUUUAGUGACAUGCUAAUUCUUAUAUUUACACUUUUUUUCUCUAAAUUCCAUCGUAUGUUAUACUCUUCUGACACCACCAGAUGGCAGUAUAAGUGUCCACAUAAGUGGCCAUAAGACCCCAAUUCAGGUAGUGUACACAAUUUUGGAAAUAAGAGCUAAAAGGUGCUGUCCACGCAUGUGGCCACUAAGCCUUUAGAGGUUUUAAGAAACUUCUCGUCUUUAUCGCCAGACUUCUUCUGUUUGUUUGAUAUUGUCAUUACUGCCACGUGUGGUGGAAAAGUGUAUUACAACUAAGUGCUACUGUGAUCCAUACAGUUGAGAAACAGACAUUUUUUUGGCGGACCUCUCGGUGCCUUAUUAUUGAUUUUCCUUUUUUUUGUCGUAAGGAACACUUAAAAUGGUGAUUUAAAAUUCUUAAAAGCAGGAGUUGGUUCAAUAUUAUAAAAAAAAAAAAAAAAAAAAAAGUGUCAAAACGUUGCAACUUUCUGGCACAAUGAAAAAAACAAAAGUACACAAAAAGCCUGCAAAAUGCUGGAGGGACUGAAUUAUGAUAAUAAUGAUACAAUUAAUUACACAUACCAGGUGACAUGACCCUUUAAUCAAAGAUGGCACCUUUUCACCUUAGCAAUUUAUUCAGUAUUUUCACAAAUGUUCUGUUCUGCCGUUUCGUCCAUGCGGUACUUAACUAAUUAACCCCAAUUGGUGCUAUUACAGUUUACUUGCAAUUACUGCAACAUCCAAUCACGAAAAAAUGCCAACACGAAUGGGCAUUGUUGCAAAACCUGGCAAUUUGCUUGAAUAACGAUUGUUAAGCACAAAUAAUGAUAUAAUACAAAACCCAAAACCAGUGCAGUUGGCACGUUGUUUAAUUCCUAAAUAAAAACAGAAUACAAUGAUUUGCAAAUCCUUUUCAACUUAUAUUCAAUUGAAUAGACUGCAAAGACAAGAUAUUGAAUGUUCAAACUUAGAAACUACAUUUUUUUGUGCAAAUAAUCAUUAACUUAGAAUUUAAUGGCAGCAAAACAUUGCAAAAAACUUGGCACAGGGGCAUUUUUACCACUGUGUUACAUGGCCUUUCCUUUUAACAACACUCAGUAAACGUUUUUUAGGCUUCAUAAUACAUUUUCACACAUUUUCAAUGGGAGACAGGUCUGGACUACAGGCAGGCCAGUCUAGUACGCGUACUCUUUUACUAUGAAGCCACGCUGUUGUAACACGUGGCUUGGCAUUGUCUUGCUGAAAUAAGCAGGGGCGUCCAUGAUAACGUUGCUUGGAUGGCAACAUAUGUUGCUCCAAAACCUGUAUGUACCUUUCACCAUUAAUGGUGCCUUUUCAGAUGUGUAAGUUACCCAUGUCUUGGGCACUAAUACACCCCCAUACCAUCACAGAUGCUGGCUUUUCAACUUUGCGCAUAUAACAAUCCGGAUGGCUCUUUUCCUAUUUGUCCGACGUCCACAGUUUCCAAAAACUAUUUGAAAUGUGGACUCGUCAGACCACAGAACACUUUUCCACUUUGCAUCAGUCCAUCUUAGAUGAGCUCGGGCCCAGCGAAGCCGGCGGCGUUUCUGGGUGUUGUUGAUAAAUGGCUUAUUAUUUGCAUAGUAGAGUUGUAACUUGCACUUCCAGAUGUAGUGACCAACUGUAGUUACUGACAGUGGUUUUCUGAAGUGUUCCUGAGCCCAUGUGGUGAUAUCCUUCACACACUGAUGUCGCUUUUUGAUGCAGUACCGCCUGAGGGAUCGAAGGUCCGUAAUAUCAUCGCUUACGCGCAGUGAUUUCUCCAGAUUCUCUGAACCUUUUGAUGAUCGUGAAAUCCCUAAAUUCCUUGCAAUAGCUGGUUGAGAAAUGUUGUUCUGAAACAUUUUGCUCACGCAUUUGUUGACAAAGUGGUGACCCUCGCCCCGUCCUUGUUUGUAAAUGACCGAGCAUUACCUGGAAGCUGCUUUUAUACCCAAUCAUGGCACCCACCUGUUCCCAAUUAGCCUGUUCACCUGUGGGAUGUUCCAAAUAAGUGUUUGAUGAGCAUUCCUCAACUUUCUCAGUCUUUUUUGCCACUUGUGCCAGCUUUUUUAGAAACAUGUUGCUGGCAUCAAAUUCCAGAUAUUUGCAAAAAAUAACAAAGUUUACCAGUUGGAACAUUAAAUAUCUUGUCUUUGCAAGUCUAUUCAAUUGAAUAUAAGUUGAAAAGGAUUAGCAAAUCAUUAUAUUCUGUUUUUAUUUACCAUUUACCCACUGGUUUUGCAUAACGAUGAUAAAAGAACAAGCGUGUAUUUUACCAGGUGGCACUGAAAUCGAAAACUAUUUAUUGUAAUAUUUAUUUAUCAGUGGCAGCGUUCACUAUAAAUAGCCAUUUUUUUAUAUAUAUAUAGAAAAUGUAUAAUUAUCGGGAGCAGUGCCUUCCAUAAUUAUGACAGUUAUACUGUCGAAAUGUCAACAAGCAGCAUCUGCUAAAAAAGAAGUGUACUAGUACAUUCACUGAGUACAGUUUUUACACUGGAUUCACGCCGCUCGUCGACGUCGCCGCGUACGCUUCGCCUCUCGACGGCGUUAUCGGGAGCAGCGUCUUCCAUAGCGCGGGAAUCAAGAAGGUAGUUUUUGCCUACCGGUGUGUGAGAGUGUGUGUAUCGGAGGCAGUGCCCUCCAUAUUUCACUGUAGGGAUGGAUGUUGCUAUUAUCGGGAGCAGUGUUUCCCAUAAUUUUUUGUACAUACAGUAUUUAGUACUUUCUCUCCGCUCAUAGUUAUAAAGCAUCUUUUUUUUAUUAGGAGAGAUCUGCAUGGCUCCGUUUGCCUCGAACCAAACAGUGAUUGACCUUGUCAUACGUACAGUAGGAAAGGGGGUUCAUACGGCCCAGUUUACCCGACACGUGAAACGUGACGAAUUGCCAGUUGCACUCUCCGCUUUGGCAACUAUCUUAAAAUAUUCAAUUUGCCAAAUUAUUAUGGGGCGGUAUAGCUCGGUUGGUAGCGUGGCCGUGCCGGCAACUUGAGGGUUCCGGGUUCGAUCCCCGCGUCUGCAAUUGUAGUCACUGCCGCUGUGUCCUUGGGCAAGACACUUGACCCAACCUGCUCCCAGUGCCACCCACACUGGUUUGAAACAAAUCUAACUUGGAUAUUGGGUUUCACAAUGUAAAGCGCUUUGAGUCACUAGAGAAAAAGCGCUAUAUAAAUAUCAUUCACUUCACUCUUCCUCUUACGCGAGAUCCACUACGGCCAUGUGUCGAAUCAAACAGUGAUUCACCCUUUCAUACGCACAGUAGGAAGGGGAUUCCACGGCCCCAUUCGUCGCCGUUUACCCGACACAUGAAACGUGACAAAUUGCCAGUUGCACUCUCCGCUUUGGCCCCCGGUUGGCAACUAUCUUAAAAUGUUCAAAUUGCCAAAUUAUUAUUAUCACUUUCCACUUUGGUCCGCCGGAUGGCAACUAUCUUCCAUCCAUCCAUUUUGUACCGCUUGUCCCGUAAAAUGUUAAAAUUGUCAAAUUAUUAACCACCCCCAUCUCCCCCCUCUUCCUCUUACGCGAGAUCCACCCGGGAACAGGGGCCAUGUCUCGAAUCAAACAGUGAUUGACCUAUUCAUACGCAAAGUAGGAAGGGGGUUCAUACGGCCCAGUUUACCCGACACAUGAAACGUGACGAAUUGCCAGUUGCACUCUCCGCUUUGGUCCGCCGAAUGGCAACUAUCUUAAAAUGUUAAAACUGCCAAAUUAUUAACCCCGCCCCCUCUCUUCCUCUUACGCGAGAUCCACCCAGGAACGGGACCAUGUCUCGAAUCAAACAGUGAUUAGCCUUUUUAUACGUACAAUAAGAAGGGGAUUCAUACGGCCCAGUUUACCUGACACAUGAAACGUAAUUCCACGGCCCCAUUCGUCGCCGUUUACCCGAAACGUGAAACGUGACAAAUUGCCAGUAGCACUCUCCGCUUUGGUCCGCCGGAUGGCAACUAUCUUAAAAUGUUAAAAAUGCCAAAUUAUUAACCCCGCCCCCUCUCUUCCUCUUACGCGAGGUCCACCCAGAAACGGGGCUAUGUCUCGAAUCAAAUACGCACAGUAGGAAGGGGAUUCCACGGCCCCAUUCGUUGCCGAUUACCCGACAAGUGAAACGUGACAAAUUGCCAGUUGCACUCUCCGCUUUGGUCCGUCGAAUGGUAACUAUCUUAAAAUGUUCAAAUUGCCAAAAUAUUAACCCCUUCCUCUCUUCCUCUUACGCAAGAUCCACCCAGGAAUUACCCUAUUAUUAACCCCCCCCCCCCCUCUCUUCCUCUUACGCGAGAUUCACCCAGGAACGGGGGCCAUGUCUCAAAUCAAACAGUGAUUGGCCUUUUCCAUACCUCCAAUAGGAAGGGGAUUCAUACGGCCCAGUUUACCUGACACAUGAAACGUGACAAGUUGCCAGUUGCACUCUCCAAUUUGGCCGCCGGAUGGCAGCUAUCUUCCAUCCAUCCAUUUUCUACCGCUUGUACCUUAAAAUGUUAAAAUUGCCAAAUUAAUUAACCCCGCCCUCUCUUCCUCUUACGCGAGAUCCACCCAUGUGAAGCCCUUCCCUACUUGCACGUGUGACAAAUGAGUUUGCUGCAGCUGCGCGUGUGUGCGGUGGUUUCGGGUGUGCCGACAAAAGUCGCACCCGCCUUUUUGUUUUAUGAUUGCUUUUAGAUGUCUCUAAUUAGGAGCUGCAUUCGUUUUUUCCAAAUAUGAUCUUCAUGACCGCGCUACCAAAAUCCAAAGUUACUGACGCACAUGUCUGAGACGCUAACAACAAUUAAAAGAAGAAGAAGUGGAAAUAAUGAUUUUUUUUUCUUAUUUUUUGUGUGCUUUUAUUUUGUAGAGCGAAAUUGUGUCCUUGUUUUUUCAGCGAGUCGCCUUAAAAUGGUGCGGUGUUCUGUGCUAAAUAUCAAAAACCCGUAUCGCUUCCAAAUGUUGGUUUGAGUGCCUUGUGACAUUUCUGUAUCUGCAAUAAACAAUCACCUCACA